GUCUUUAAUGGUGGGCUGGGUGCGGCGGGGGCCGCAGGGCUGAAGUAUAAAGUGUAAGGAGAAGGGUAAGCCCUUUCGUAUCUCGGAGGAGUGGGCUUUCACGUUCGGCGGAGCCGUCCUCCCCAGGCUCAGGCCCUCAGCCCGCUGCCCUGCCCUGCCCUGCCUUGCCUGUCCCGAGGGCCGCAGCACGAAAGGGGUGGGGGAGGCAGUGUGGAGCGGUUGGUGCGGCGGGUAGUUCAAAUCCAAGCGAGGGAAAGCGGCGGCGGCCGCACGCGAGGAGCCGGUGUGGGUGGAGAGAAGCGAAGCGGCUCCUCACUAAGGGCAACGGGCUUCAGAGCCGGGAGGAGAGCUGCUGGAGCGGUAAUCAGUAGCGGUAAACAAUACUUUGACUAUAGAACCUUUCCUUUGGAAGAUUUGUAGUUGCUUCACAAAUUGAGAAGUAACACUGGUAUCCUCAUUUACAAAGUCAAAGUACCAAGCAGAAGAUGUCGGACAGUAGUUCCAUAAUGUUCAAUGUUCUUAAAAGAAAUAGAUUAACCUCUCCCAGCAGCAGCUUGAAAUACUCCAGUUUUAAAGACACGUGUUGCACUUCAUUAUUUUUGGACAGCAAAUGCAAUGAGCCAGUAAAAGAUCCUGAUGUAGAACAUAGAGAAGGACUGAGUGCAACAAGUUUAUCUUUGCUACAAGAGCAUUCUGAGCACAUUCGUCCAAAUGUCCCCUUUCCUGUGUCACCAUGUAUUGAAAAUGAAAUUAAUUCUAUCACCUUAUCAGAAAGAAAAGAAGCAAACAGAAGUGCAGAUUUUUUUGAAACUCCUAAAGUGAGUAGAAAAAGCUCCUCACUACGCAGGAGGCUGCUUUUAUGUAGGGCUGUUCCAGCUGACGCAACUGUAGGAUGCUGUGAAAGACAAGCUGGUUCUUCAGGAAGCAUCCCGGGGAAAAUGCUCUCCUGUGUUUUGAGCUGUGAAGAAAAACUUUCACAAACUGCUUCAGAUUCUCUAAAAGAUAAAGGUUACAAAUGUCUUACAACUAGUACUUCAAAAACUGAGGACUCUAUUCCUGAUUGCUCAAAGAGGAGACUUUCCUUUUCACAACAAAGAACUUCUACACUAGAUGAGUCCAAAUGUAAGGAUCCCAUAUUGCUAGAACCGGAGUGUUUAUCUCCAAUUCAAUGUAAGGAUGUUAUUGUUAGCAAUGCUGAUGAAUUCAAUGAAAGUGCCCUUAUAAGUGUUACUGACGGGUUGCUUAGGACUCCUACUUACAGUGUGUUACCUGAGGCCAAUGAGGGUAAGUUUCUGACUUCCAUCAACAGUCCUAUAGAGAACUUUAACUUUGAACUAUGUGAUAUAAAUUCUCCCCCUGUUAAGCUGGCAAGUUACCAAGAUCUUUCAACACCUGAGGAUAGUGGAUAUAAUUCACUUCAUUUGGACAAAUCGGGAGACUCAUUGUCUGAUCAUGAGGGAUCUUUCCAAGAGUUAUCCCAAAAACGUAAAGAAGAUUCCAAAAUUCUGGAUAGUAAAAGAAAGACAAGAAAACUUGAACGAGUUAGAAGGUUAUCCACUCUUCGUGAACAGGGCUCACAGUCAGAGACAGAAGAUCGUCAUGGCAGUCCUUCUACUUCAGCAUGUAUGUUAACAGAAGAAAGCAACUUUGUCAGUGAAGACCAUGCAUUAGUUUCAGAACAGCCUACUGGAGAUGUAGUUGUAAGUCAUGGAGAUCUCUCAAGAACUCCAGCUCUGAAAGUAGUUCAUGAAAUUUGCUUGCAAAGACAAAGAUCAGACCAAAAUCAAAUAUUGGAGAAUAUUGAUGGAACAGAAAUAUUUGCAUUAGAGCAUGUUCUUGCUGGACUUAUUGGCAAGAAAAUGGGCCUUGAAAAAUUAGAUAUUUUAACAGAGUUAAAAUACAGAAAUUUAAAACAUGUUCUUGCUAUAGUUUUAGAUGCUUUGACAGUGGAAAGUCUAUGCAGCAUUUGGGAAGUAAGCAAAAGCUGGCGUGAAAUCAUUGUACAAGAUAAAAGUGCAGAUAAGAGGAGAAAGUUGUACAUAAAACACCUGAAAGAAGAAGCUGGGGAAUAUUUAUUGAAAGCUGAAGAUGCUGCCACAAGACUUAAUGUCCUCAAUAGAUCUGCUCUAAGACCUGUUCAAGCUCAAGCCAGAACUCCUGUCUUACAAACACCAUUUUCAUACACUGAAGUUACACCUAGGAGAUGCAGUUCUGUUCCCCAUUCAAGCAGUAGACAGGAAGAAUACAUCAAAGUUGCUAAAACUCUGUGCACUGAUGAAGCUAUAAAACCUUGUCCAAGAUGUCAAUAUCCUGCUAAAUAUCAAUUGAUAAAGAAACGGGGACUAUGUAGCAGAGAGACAUGUGCAUUUGAGUUCUGUAUUUUAUGUUUGUGUGCAUUCCAUGGGUCAAAAGAAUGUAAUAGUUCAUCUGCAAAACAGAACAAAAAAGAUGCUCCUCCAGGAAGUGCCCAAAGCAAAAGAAAUUUAAAAAGACUCUAAAUUUGUAAGACAUGUAAGUCCAUACAUUUAAUUCCCUUCCCCCUUCUAAAUUCCUAAUCUUGUUCAUAUUAUUCCUAAAUACAUGCAUUUUGAAAGUCUCAAUGUGUUUUUGCUGACUUGUUAAGAUAACUUCUCAUGUAUAUAUCUUAAUUUAGCAGAUUUUUUUUUUCUGAAAAAAGUGAACAUUUCAAAACAUUUUGUCAUAUUUUACCUGUUGCGUAGUAGGUGGGCAUUUGCUAAUAUCUGGAUUAUUUUAAUAAAGUGUCUUAAAUGUAGUCUUCAAUAUCUGGCUUCCAGCACCUCAUAGAUGUUUAAAAAUGCAAUUUUUGUCUUAAUGACAAAUUAAAGAAAAUUAUUUUUUAAAUAAA